AUGUACCCAACGCUCCCAGAUGAAGAAUUUAACCCUCUCUCUGCCGCAGCUCACCCAAUAGCUGUGAUGAAGCAUGUUGCGGAUGAAGAAGACGACCGGACCAUCUGCGUCGCAACUACAAGCGGCUUCUUGAGAAGGCAGCAAGUUCUUCAGUUAUACAGAAGAAUUCUGCGGGCUGUUCACGAGGUACCUAAUGAAAAUGAUCGACACUAUCUCAAGCAGUGGACAAGGGAAGAAUUCAAAAGAAAUAAAGAUGCUACAGAAGAGGAUACAAUUAAGAUGAUGAUAACUUAUGGCAACAUUCAACUUCAGGAGCUUAAGAAAACACUUCAGCUGGCAAAAUCCUGACUUUAUUUCACUGAGAACCAAUGGACUUUAUCCCAGUGAGAAAUACAGCACUUAAUGCACCAGUUGGUCAAGACAGCGGCCUUGUACUAAAAUACUCGUAAUGUUUAAAGAUGGAAUACAGUAUAAAGGGUUUUUUUUCUUGCU